GAAAAUACCUCAAUCCACCGACCUGUGUCCAGCUGCAGCCAAGUCCAUCACGUCCACAUCUCCUGUCCCCUCAGGCACAACAUCCUCUUCUACGUUACAUUUUAAAGUUCGUACAGGAAGUCAUAUCAGCUCCUCCCUUAAAAAUACCUCCUCCAGUUACGGUGCAGGGAGGCCACCCAUCAUGUGUGAUAACUCGAGRAGCGGUGCUCAUUUCGUGCCUCUGGGAAAGCCUGCUGGAGGGCAACAAGCAGGCGCAGGCAGACCCAAGAAUCCGGCGGGACGCCCGAGCAAGCAGAUCGGGAAGCUUCGGGAGGAGGCUGCCGCCGCUGCCCACCGUAAACGAAAAGCCCUAUCGCAGGAAGGAGAGCACUCAGGCCCAGAGAGGAACUGCAUCCUUCUCCAAGACCGCSGUCGAGCCUCUUCCUCCUCCUCUUCAUCGUCUCCUUCCUUUUCCAAAGUCCCCACUUCAUCUUUUCUUGCACAUGGACAGACUAACGGCACCCUCUGCCCCAGCAGUAAAGCCCGUGCCCACACUUCCCUCUUAAACUCUCACUCCUCUGCUGCCAAGGCAGUGUGGACUUACAAACGGACACACCCUGCUUUGGUCCAUUCCUCACCACGUGACCCUUCCUCUGCCACUAACUCUCACAGCCGCUCCGGCUCGGGGGACUCAGGACUGCAUGGACACAGCAGUGGGAGGGGGCUUGAGCACCAGGGACUGGUCAAAAAACGUAAGGGGGGUGGCAUACAGGUGCAUUCACCUUCAUCCAAACCCUCAGCACAGCGCCUGCCUCCCUCCUCCUCCAGCUCCAACACGUCGCCCUCUCCACGCUCCAACUUCUACCCCUGGAAAGAGGGUAAAGGUGGGGGGCUCGCUGGGGGCGUAGAGAAGAAACUGGGCACACAGAAG